AUGUCGGAAAAUAAUCGCAAAGACGACAAGAAGAGCGACAAAGUGCCGAUCAACCCGCUCAAAGCUAUUCAACAACAACUCAGCAACAACGAAGAUACCAAUGGCCUCGACAAGGAUAGCGUGAGGCAGCUACUCACCCAGAUGAACAUCUCUGAAGUUCUUGCUGGCUCUUCUGGCGUCGGCCAAGGCAACAAGAAGGACAUGGGUCAACACAAAUUCUGGAGCACACAGCCCGUCGCUCUCCCCCAAGAAGGCAGCCAAGACGGUCCCAUCGAUCCCACCGUCGACGUCGAAAAGUUCAGCAAAGUGCCUCUGCCGCUGCCCAAGGAGUACGAAUGGGUUGACGUCGAUCUUGACAAUGCGCAAGAGCUCGAAGAUGUCAGAGAACUUCUUUGUCUCAACUACGUCGAAGACGAUGACGCUACACUGCGAUUCAACUACUCUGCCGAAUUCAUCGCAUGGGCACUCAAGCCACCGGGAUAUCAAAAGAGCUGGCAUGUCGGUGUGCGUGUCGCUUCCGGUAAGCGCAAACUUGUAGCCUUCAUAGGCGCCGUGCCUAUGACUAUCGACGUCAACAAGCGCACGCUAAACACAUCCGAAGUCAAUUUCCUCUGCGUGCACAAAAAGCUGCGCUCCAAGAGGCUCGCCCCGGUGCUCAUUAAGGAGGUGACGCGCAGGUGCAAUCUCAAAGGUGUCUAUCAAGCAACUUACACGGGUGGAAAUGUUCUCCCGGGUAUCAUAUCCACCUGUCAGUACUUUCACAGACCGAUCAACGUGCCGAAACUGGUAGACACGGGCUUCUCUCAGCCCCAGCCGGGCAUGUCGAUCGAGAAGAUGGCCAAAGCUAGCGAUAUACCAGCCAAUUCCCCAACCAGGCCGCAGCCGGAAGGUUUCAGGGAGAUGGAAGAGAAGGACGUCGCCGGCGUCACUGCCCUCCUCAAAGCCUACCUGUCGAGAUUCGAACUCGCCCCGAUUUUCAGCCAAGAGGAGGUCAGACAUACCUUCCUCAGCGGGCGCGGUGAGGGCGAGUACAUUGACGGCAAGCCAAUGAGAGAGAAGCAGGUGGUAUGGGCUUAUGUCGUCGAGGAUCCACAGACCAAACUCAUCACCGACUUUAUCUCCUUUUACUCCCUUCCUAGCACCGUCGUCGGGAAUGAUAAGCAUCCAAUCCUUGACGCCGCUUACAUGUUCUACUACGCUACAGAAAAGGCUUUGCCGGAUGAUUGGAGGUCGUCAUCCACCACAGUCUUCCCGAGAAAACUAGAAGUGGCGAAGAGGUCAAGAGUAGGCGAGAGAUUGAAUAGACUCGUCGAAGCUAUCCUGCGCGUGUCUAAGAGCACCGGCUUCGAUGUGUUCAACACACUUACUUUAAUGGAGAGCAACCACUUUAUCAGCGAUCAGAAGUUUAAGCCAGGCAGUGGCUUGCUCAACUACUACAUAUUCAACUGGAAGCUGUCUAAGCAGAUCAAUGGGGGUAUUGGAUCAGGAAGAGAUUGCUCUGGAAUCGCGCUAAACAAGCUGGAGGAAGUGGAGGAAAUUGAAGAGAUAGACACAAACGCAGAUACUCACAAAAAUUCUCAAUCUGUAAACGUCAUGGUCAGAUUCGCCAGUGGAGGCAACUGA